CUGCAGGUGCCUAACGCCUCCUUGGCGCACUCGCCGCCCUUCCCAGCCAGACCUCAGAGAAGCAGUCCCAAACCACCGUGCAGGUGCUGCAGGAAGCGCUCGGGAAAGCAGUGGUGGCCAGUUCUCGUUUCCAGAUUUCUGUCCUCGGAUGUUCAGGUCCCUGGCGGGCAGCGGCAACCCGCGCAGCGGAGGGUCGGGGGCGCGUGUAUGCGUGUGCUGGGAAGGCAGCCCUCCCCGCCGCAGCCGCAGCGCCAGCGCCUCCCCCUUCCCAAGCGCGCACGGCUCGUCCCCGUCCCCGGAGGCGGCCCGAGCCUCCGCUGAGCAGCCUCGCCUUCGCCUCCCGCGUUUCCUGCCGCUCGCCCUCCCCCGGCCCCGUUCCGGGAGCUGCUGCGGAGAGGCUCCCGGCGGGAGAGCGGCUCAGAGCGCGCACGGGGGCGGGCGGAGGCGGCCCGGUUCGGGGCGGCCGUGCGGGAGGGAGGCGCGCGCAGAGACGCUGACCCCCCUCUCCGCGUUUGCUCGUUUACUCCCCGCCUCCCGCACUCCUCUCGCUCCCACCCCUUCCCAGCGUGAUUGAUCCGUCACGGGCGCCGCUGCCGCCGCCGCCGGGGCCGUUCUGAGCCGAGCCGGAGCCGGAGCCGGAGCGGGGGCGGCGCCAUUGCGCGGGCGCCGCGGGGAGAGCUCGGCGCGGGGCGGCGGGCCGGGCCAGGCCAUGCGGGCCGAGUGAGCCAGCGCCCGCAGCCCGCGGCGCGGCAUGGCUUCCCCGCGGAGCUUCGGACAGCCCGGGCCGCCGCCACCGCCGCCACCGCCGCCGCCCGCGCGCCUGCUGCUGCUCCUGCUGCUGCCGCUGCUGCUACCACUGGCGCCCGGGGCCUGGGGCUGGGCGCGGGGCGCCCCCCGGCCGCCGCCCAGCAGCCCGCCGCUCUCCAUCAUGGGCCUCAUGCCGCUCACCAAGGAGGUGGCCAAGGGCAGCAUCGGGCGCGGCGUACUUCCCGCGGUGGAAUUGGCCAUAGAGCAGAUCCGAAACGAGUCGCUUCUGCGCCCCUACUUCCUCGACCUGCGGCUCUAUGACACGGAGUGUGAUAAUGCGAAAGGAUUGAAAGCCUUCUAUGAUGCAAUAAAAUACGGGCCAAACCACUUGAUGGUGUUUGGAGGCGUCUGUCCAUCUGUUACGUCCAUCAUUGCAGAGUCCCUCCAAGGCUGGAAUCUGGUGCAGCUUUCCUUUGCCGCGACCACACCUGUCCUGGCUGAUAAGAAAAAAUACCCUUACUUCUUCCGAACUGUCCCGUCAGACAAUGCGGUGAAUCCAGCCAUCCUGAAGCUGCUAAAGCACUUCCAGUGGAAGCGAGUGGGCACACUAACCCAGGACGUGCAGAGAUUCUCCGAGGUGAGGAAUGACCUGACCGGGGUUCUGUAUGGUGAGGACAUUGAGAUUUCAGACACCGAGAGCUUCUCCAAUGACCCCUGCACCAGUGUCAAGAAACUUAAGGGCAACGACGUGAGGAUCAUCCUGGGCCAGUUUGACCAGCAUAUGGCAGCAAAAGUGUUCUGUUGUGCAUAUGAGGAGAACAUGUACGGCAGCAAAUACCAGUGGAUCAUCCCAGGCUGGUAUGAGCCUUUCUGGUGGGAGCAGGUGCAUACAGAGGCCAACUCAUCCCGUUGUCUCCGAAAGAAUCUACUUGCUGCCAUGGAGGGCUACAUGGGUGUGGACUUUGAACCCCUGAGCUCCAAGCAGAUCAAGACCAUCUCAGGAAAGACGCCACAGCAGUACGAGAGAGAGUACAACAACAAGCGGUCAGGCGUGGGGCCCAGCAAGUUCCACGGGUAUGCCUACGAUGGCAUCUGGGUCAUCGCCAAAACGCUGCAGCGGGCCAUGGAGACACUGCACGCCAGCAGCCGGCACCAGCGGAUCCAGGACUUCAACUACACAGACCACACGCUGGGCAGAAUCAUCCUCAACGCCAUGAAUGAGACCAACUUCUUUGGGGUCACGGGUCAAGUUGUGUUCCGGAACGGGGAAAGAAUGGGGACCAUUAAAUUUACUCAAUUUCAAGACCGCAGGGAGGUGAAGGUGGGAGAAUACAACGCUGUGGCUGACACACUGGAGAUCAUCAACGACACCAUUAGGUUCCAAGGAUCCGAACCCCCAAAAGACAAGACCAUCAUCCUAGAGCAGCUCCGGAAGAUCUCCCUACCUCUCUACAGCAUCCUCUCUGCCCUCACCAUCCUGGGGAUGAUCAUGGCCAGCGCUUUUCUCUUUUUCAACAUCAAGAACCGGAAUCAGAAGCUGAUAAAGAUGUCGAGUCCAUACAUGAACAACCUCAUCAUCCUGGGAGGAAUGCUCGCCUAUGCAUCCAUCUUUCUCUUUGGCCUUGAUGGAUCCUUUGUCUCUGAAAAGACCUUCGAAACACUUUGCACCGUCAGGACCUGGAUUCUCACUGUGGGCUACACAACCGCCUUCGGGGCAAUGUUUGCAAAGACAUGGAGGGUCCACGCCAUCUUCAAAAAUGUGAAAAUGAAGAAGAAGAUCAUCAAGGACCAGAAACUGCUUGUGAUCGUCGGGGGCAUGCUGCUGAUUGACUUGUGCAUCCUGAUUUGCUGGCAGGCUGUGGACCCCCUGAGAAGGACGGUGGAGAAGUACAGCAUGGAGCCGGACCCAGCAGGACGAGACAUCUCCAUCCGCCCUCUCCUGGAGCACUGUGAGAACACCCACAUGACCAUCUGGCUUGGCAUCGUCUAUGCCUACAAGGGGCUUCUCAUGUUGUUCGGCUGCUUCUUAGCUUGGGAGACCCGCAACGUCAGCAUUCCCGCGCUCAACGACAGCAAGUACAUCGGGAUGAGCGUCUACAAUGUGGGGAUCAUGUGCAUCAUCGGGGCCGCCGUCUCCUUCCUGACCCGGGACCAGCCCAACGUGCAGUUCUGCAUUGUGGCCCUGGUCAUCAUCUUCUGCAGCACCAUCACCCUCUGCCUGGUGUUUGUGCCCAAGCUUAUCACUCUGAGAACAAACCCAGAUGCAGCAACUCAGAACAGACGCUUCCAAUUCACUCAGAAUCAGAAGAAAGAAGACUCUAAAACGUCCACCUCUGUCACCAGCGUGAACCAAGCAAGCACAUCCCGCCUUGAGGGCCUGCAGUCCGAAAACCAUCGCCUGCGAAUGAAGAUCACAGAGCUUGAUAAAGACUUGGAAGAGGUCACCAUGCAACUGCAGGACACGCCAGAAAAGACCACCUACAUUAAACAGAACCAUUACCAAGAGCUCAACGACAUCCUCAACCUGGGGCACUUCUCCGAGAGCACAGAUGGAGGAAAGGCCAUUUUAAAAAAUCACCUCGAUCAAAAUCCCCAGCUGCAAUGGAACACAACAGAGCCGUCAAGAACAUGCAAAGAUCCUAUAGAAGAUAUAAACUCCCCGGAACACAUCCAGCGCCGGCUGUCCCUCCAGCUCCCCAUCCUCCACCACGCCUACCUCCCGUCCAUUGGAGGUGUGGACGCCAGCUGUGUCAGCCCCUGCGUCAGCCCCACCGCCAGCCCCCGCCACAGACAUGUGCCACCCUCCUUCCGAGUUAUGGUCUCGGGCCUGUGAGGGUGGUAGGCCUGGGGCUGGGCCUCCCCCAUGACAGAACCACACAGAGCAGAGGCGUCUGCUACAGGAACACUGUCGGAUCUGGCUGCGGAGAAGCUGGGCGCCAUGCUGGCCUUGCGGGACUCUUGGAUGGCACUCCGGUGGACAGGAUGGGGCGCACUUGGCACCUGACCUCGCGCCUUAUUUGUGAAGUUUUUAUUCUUUCACAAAGAAGAGGAAUGGAAAUGACUUCUUCCUUAAUGUCUGCAAAACAGGAGGAACUGAAAUAUUUGAAACUUUGAGAGAAAAAAACCUAGACAAGGAAAGAGUCACUAGAACUCCAGCUAGAAGUCGCUGCACAGCCUUGGGAAGAGGAAGGGCUGCUGGAGAAACGGCCUUCGCCUCUGCACACCCAUUGCUGGCUGCAAACCCCAGGCCAGCCCUUCUCCCCUCUGGGGACAGAGGUGGGAAGGGCAGUCAGGCCCGCAGCUGCCAGUCCAGCCAACCAGCCUUCCUGGAGCAGGGAGCCCACAGGAAGGGCAGCCAGGCACAGCUCUGCAGCAGGUGGCCCAGGGCCGGGGUGCGGGAGCAGGCUGGCUCACAAGCCUCCUGGUGGGAACUUACUCUCUGAUAAAUGCCACACAUUAACACAAUAACACCCGUUCUGAACCGUGGGGAUUUAGGGCACGUCACUGCAGACACGCUCUGCAGCAUUCACCGACGGUCGGUCACGCACCCACCUCAUUGGCCAUGUCCUUGUGUUUGCAUCAGGUGUUCCUGGUAUUAAGGGGGGCCACCUGAGCUAAUCAUGGGCUGUCUGCUCCCAGCAUACACAAAAAAGAAAGAUUGUGCACUUUAACCUCUCUCAUCAGGGCCCAAGGGCUUGCUGGGUUGUUGCUGUUAUUGUUUUUUCCCACUGACUUUGUUUCUGACCAAAGUGAAUCAUGGGCAUUCUUCUAGAAGACAUCCCUGUACUCAUAGGGGAAGGAGUUGCUAGCUGAGGGCUUCUCUCGGCUUCAGAAGGCAUCCUUCAGUCCAGGCUGUGCCCAUGGGGGGCACAGGGGUGAUCAGUCAGCACACUGUCACUCUUUCCUUGUAGUUGAACCCCAAAGGGCACCUCCUGAGAGUAAGACACCCCUGGGUUCAAGUCUUUACUCCACUGCUGACUCCUUCCAUGAUCUUGGGCAGGUCACUAAUGUCUCUCUGAGCCUCAGUCUCCCCUCUCUAACAAGUUGGGCUUGAAAUAAUACCCAUCCCUGCCUAUCUCACCUGAUCUCAUGCAGGAAAGCUUCAUACCAAACAAUGAAGCGACCUGAUCCGCGAGGUAUCAGGACGACCGUGACCUUUAGCCCUCACAACAGCCAGGGGAGUGGCCCACAGAAGCUCCCAACACAGCCCUCUACCAGGAUCAGCUGGCUGAAGAGAGGCUCCCUAUGACCUUUGUGACCUUCCUAGACAGGUUCAUUCUUUGCUGAAGAAAGGCCUGAAUGGCAACGUCCAGGACAUCUGCACAACUGAGCAGUCGCUCACUCCCUAAAGAAACCUAAUGGCAGCUUCCACAGGCAGGCAAUAAUCCCUUCCCAGACCACUGACGUCAGGAAUAUGCUGCUGUCACCACCAGGCUUUGACAAAAGGGCCCACGGGGAUCUUACCAUCACCAACAUUUCAGAACACCCUAUUUCACGUAGUGUAGCUUUCCUCUCCCCUCCCCCAAAGAGAGGUUAUGGAGGUACUGUAGCUUUUAGGGGGAAAAAAUGUUCACACAUCACAGGUCAAGUUGAAGUCAUUGUCUGUUUAGGCACUAAAAACCGGUGUUGUCACUCACUGUGUAUUACAGUAUUUACUUGCUUUCUUGAUUUCACCAAAAUCAGAUUUAAUUUAAAGGGUCACAUUAAUUUUUCAAAGAGAAAGAGAUAAUUCAUUGUACAUAAUGUAUACACACAAAAAAAUACCUGUAGAAAUAUUAUUCCAGCAUAGCAGGGGAAAAAGAAACAAAAGUAUUGGACAGUCGGAGGUGAGUGUGUGCGUCUGUAACCCAUUGUGACUCCUGAACGUGCACAGUCUUCUAGGUUAACCCACAAAGUACAUUCUCUGUCUUACUGAUACUGUAGGUUCACCCAUUUUUUAAAAUUUCCCUGCAAAUAACAAGACCCACAGAAGUGACUCUAGCUACUUAACGGUCUGUUCUUUUAUACGCAGCAAACACACCGCACAUUUCUGAAAAGGCUUCAUUCAGCCUGAGGUGUUUUCCAAUGAUGUUAGUGCACAAACGCUUUCAAUUAGACUGGAACUGCCAGAAUCAAAUGUACAUGAGGAAUUUCUCGUCCCCCUAUUGCAUGGUAUCAAUUUUUAAUAAAUUGUUGCAAAUUUGUUUUUAUGAAUAAAAGGGAAAAAACUGU